AUGAAGCCCUCGCUGCUCCCGUGUCUGGUGUUCCUCUGGAUGCUGCUGCUGCUGCCUGCCCUGGGAGGGACAAAGAACAAGUAUUAUCCGGGAGAGUUGUUACUAGAGGAGUGCUGGGGACAGCCCAAAGCUAAUGACUGCACCAAGAAGUGUUCGAGAACUUUCAAGUGUGUGUACAGAAACCACACUUGCUGCUGGACCUACUGUGGGAACAUCUGUGCAGAAAAUGGGAAAUUUUUUGAAAGAAAGAAAUGA